CAGGCCCUCUCAGACUCCACAAUGAUGUGCCUGGGCCCAUAAAUACCCUGUUUGGCUAGUAUGUUCUAGCCCUAUUCAACGCCAUCCUAGAGCAGUCGAGAUACAGCCUGUACACUCUUGUGCAGUUCCCAGAAAAAAAGAUUCCAGGCUUACAAGGACAACCCGAGGAACUUGAUCAAUUACAAGCUUCUAAAGGAUGCCUCGUAUGCUAGUUUUAUCUGUCAACGCAGGGUCUUCUUCUCUCAAGAUCUCCCUCUAUUCCAUAACUCGUCCUCUGGAGAAUCUCGGAGACAAAGAGCCUGCAUCGCUACUGCUAACAUCUACCGUCUCCGGCAUCUCUUCGCCCCCUGUCAAGUUUUCGUUCAGAUCUAAUAACAGCUUCGAGGACAUUGCGACCGUAAAAGACGCCUACGUUGAUUCAAUUCAUGACCAUGAGGGCGCUUUUUCUCAUUUCGUGCAGCAUCUCCAAGCAGAGUCGUCCAUCGAUCCAAAUGAAAUCGUCCACAUAUGUCACAGGAUAGUUCAUGGAGGAGAUUACCAUGACCCUGUCAUCAUCAGCGAAGAGACAUAUAACCACAUCGAGAACCUAUCCGACCUUGCGCCCCUACACAACGGUGCUGCAUUAGCAGUGAUCAAGGCCUGCAUUAAAGAUAUCCCAAGUGCAAAUUCUAUUGCAUACUUCGAUACGGCCUUUCAUCGAUCUAUUCCAAACCACAUCGCCGGCUAUGCCAUAAAUCAGACGAUAGCUCAGAAACGUGGGCUCAAAAAAUACGGUUUUCACGGGCUGAGCUAUGCGUUCAUGCUUGGUGCCGUGUCCCAUUUUCUCCAGAGGCCGCUCGGAUCACUGAAUCUCAUCCUCCUUCACCUUGGUUCUGGUGCAUCUGUCUGUGCAAUCAAACAGGGUAAAUCCUACGAUACUUCGAUGGGUCUUACACCAUUGAGCGGGCUCCCAGGUGCAACGCGAUCGGGUGAAAUCGACCCAUCCCUUAUCUUUCAUUAUACCAAUAAAGCCGGCAAGAUCACGCACGACCGGGGUGCAGCUACCAAUUUGCAUGUUACUGAAGCCGAGCAUAUCCUCAACUCUCAAUCGGGAUGGAAAGCACUGACGGGUACAACGGACUUCGCUUUGAUAACCGACCGAGUCUUUCAUUCUUCAGCAAGUACCUCGACGGAUCUCCCCGACCUUGAACAAGAGAAUGCCGAGCUGGCUUUUCGUAUGUUCACCGACCGCAUUUUGAAUUAUAUCGGUUCCUACUAUCUCAAAUUACACGGCCAAAUCGAUGCUAUUGUCUUCGCAGGAGGUCUUGGUGAACGCAGUGCGGAGUUGAGGAAGAUUAUUGGCAAGGAAGUGAAGUGUUUGGGUUUCCAUAGUAUUGAUGAGGAACGGAACCAGAAUGUCAAUGAAAUGGAUGGGACCGUGGUGGAUCUGAGCCUUGGAAAUCAGAAAGGCAAGAGAAUUCUCAUUUGCAGGACAGACGAACAGCUUGAGAUGGCUCGGCAAUGUGCCUUGGAGGAGAAUUUUUGGAAGGAAGAUUGAGGUUUUGGGGCUGUAGCUUUAACGAAACUCAAAAUUUCGCUCAUAAUGACGUAUAAUUACAACCCCUUCCCUCUUCAUCCGUAAAAUAUAUUUCGUACGACAGUUAACCUGAAUCCUGAUACACAUUCUGAUAUAUAUGAUACUCUAGUGAUGGCGCUGC